AUGGCCGACUUGCAGACUUACCAGUUCGACGUGAAGAUGACCUGUGGUGGCUGUUCUGGUGCUAUUGAACGAGUGCUGCAGAAAGCGAAGGAUGCAAAUACCGUCGACGAGCUCGACUUUUCUGUAAAUCUGGAGAGUCAGCUAGUGACUGUGAAGACUACUUUGCCUUACGAUGAUAUACUGGCACGGAUCAAGAAGACCGGAAAGGAGGUGCGUUCUGGGAAAAUUAUGGGAUAG